AUGACCUUCGGCGGGGCCGGUGGUGGAUAUCGCCACGAACACAACAGCUGGUCGAUUGGCCUCCUGCAAGAAGGAGAAGGUGAUGCUGCCUCUUCAAUUCUGUGGGGUCGGCCGCAGGGUGGAUCAGCACCAGACCUGGACGAUUCAGGGGAGCUGCGCGAGCAGCCCCUGCCACGCUGUGCGCACUCGGCCACUUUCAUCCCCGCGAGGCUGGCAGGCGCGGAGUAUCCCGAAGGCUGUGUCGCCGUAUUUGGCGGUCAUACGCAGCACUGCACGGAGAGCCUGGCAAACAUGGACAUCUUGUCCCUCAGUAACUGGCAGUGGCAUGCGGUCCCUUACAUCGAGAAAUCGGAGGCGCUACCCGAGGACAAGAUUUGUUUGCGUGUUUUAGAAGGGUCAUAG